AACUCUUGAAAAUUAGAGCGUAGACCGAAAAGUCCUGUUUGAUUCUUAAGGAAUUCUCGCUUCAAAAUGGCGUCCUGCAAAAGGCUGAAUAGAAAUCAUAACAUAAGAAUUAGAUGGUCUCUUGUGAACAUAGUGACAACAGCUAUGUGUCUGGAAGCACGGCCAUAGAUCCCAGUAGCUGUAUUUGACAAGAGGUUACGGUAGGAUCAGUAGCGUGGAUGUUGUGUGCAGUCCAUUCAUCUCACCAGUGUGCAAUACGAAAUACCCAUUGCAAUACGCAACACAAGACAUAAGUUUUUCUUCAUAUAAUCUCAAGCAGCCAAUGAGAACUUUCUGCUGUGUCUCUUCAUCUCUGAAGAAAGAAAAGUGUUGCCUUUUCAUGUGGUUUUACUGUGUAUAAUUGUGCUAGAUAAUGAGACAGAGAAAAUUAUAUUUUUGAAAAGUGAUAAAUUAUAUUGAAAUCAGCCAAAGUUAUUAUAUCCAGGAAUAGUAUAUAUAUAUAUAUACAUAUACAUAUACUGUAUAUACAUAUAUUCUAUCCAAGAAUGUGCCAGUGACAGAAAAAUUCUAUUGCAUUCUGUGCUGUGCUCAUCUGAGUACACUCUGAAGAUCUCCCAGUAAAUAUAAGGUUAAAUUGGCCAUGGUUAAACUGUGGUAGAUCUUCAUGGCCCGAUGGCCCCCCAGAUGCCUCAUGCGGGUACCAUGAGCACCAACACAAUAGGCCGGUCUGCUCGAGCUAAUUAUAAUAAGGAGGCUUUACAUCAGAUACGAGCAUCUUUGCUGCCCUAUGCUGCGGGCAGCAUCCCUCGGGAGAGGCUUAGCCCCAUUAGCCCGGGUGCUCAAUGCCAGGGCUCCUUCAACCUGGGCCCCUCCGAGGAAGAUAUUCAGAGGGCCUACAAUGGAUACCCCCCUAAGCCUGCUCCUCAGGUUGAAGGCAGCAAGAUCAUACGCAAGUCCAGCUUUGACCGGGAGCUGAAUAUACAUAGAGGUAGUCCUGCACUUGAGAGCAGCAAUGCUAGCACACGCUCAGAUAGUCCAGGUAUUGGGGGACAAAUAUACUAUGCCAAUAGUAUGCCUGUCAGACAAUAUGCAGAGUGCCCUCAACCUAGAUUUGGGAGUGGAGAACCUUUAGUUGGGGAUAUAAACCAUCCUGCUGUCUCACGACAGUACAGUAGUUCAUAUCCUAUAGCACCAGAGGCACCCCCUCCACCCCCACCAAGAAGUUUGGGUGCAGCAGCUCCACCUCCAACCCCGCCACGAGGCACUACCCCACCACCACCACCAUAUCCCUGUGCCACGAGCUGUGCUCCCACCAUAGUAACCACUAUUGGACAGAGACCUAUGUUACUUUCAAGACUCUCUCCAGGUCCUAGCAAGAAUAAGUCUCAAGCAAAUUAUGUAAAUAUCAAUAAUGUGUCACAAAGCUCAACCUCUCAAAGGGGUACUAGUCCUGUUUCGUUUGGUGGGCGACAGCCAGUUGUGAUGCAGAGUAAUGCUCAGGUGCAACAACAGCUUACUCAUCAAAUGCAGGCCCUUAAUAUAAACAAUGGUAACAACUAUGGAAACCAGUUGGACCGCCCACCUCCAUACCCAGUAGGAUCAGCCUUAAAACAUGUUGGUGCAGUCAAGUUGGCAGCACCCCCACCUUCAUAUAAUGCUACCAUGCAGAACAGACAAAGUCCCACCCAAGACUGUAGAAAAAGUCCUCCGCAGCUAACUUUCCAAGGACAGAACCCCAUCAUGACCCCUCAUCCAGUCUCACCAUCGUCACUCUCCCCACCUUCAUCCAUGUCUCCUGUUUCACUUCCACGUGGAGGCCAGACUGCUCGUCAAGCCAAAACUCCAACUCCCAUCAUCAUGCAGUCCGUUAAAAGUACCCAGGUGCAAAAACCCAUUCUUCAAACAGCUGCAGCCCCUACGUCCCCACCUGUGUCAGCGCCGCCGCCUUCUUAUGCCACUUCAAUCCAACAGAAACAGGCUCAAGCUGCUGCUGUUGCCCAGGAUGUGCCUAGUAUAGCUCUAGCACAAAUGAUGUCCCAGGAUAGUGGUGGGUCAUCCUCUCCUGGGCUUUCCUCAUGCAAUUAUCAACUAGCAGUAACGUGCAAUAGUGGAGUAGUGCCAACUACUGAUCCUCCAAGUUAUCACUCAACAAUACAGGCGAUGGCAGCAGCAGCUCGAGGCUACAGCCCUGGUUAUUUAUCUCAACCUGUAGCUAGUAUACCUGUUCAGGAAACUCCAGUGCAAGAACUAGAUUUGUCUUCCACUCCUUUGGCUCACAUACCAAUCACCCAAGUUAGUACAGUUGAUUCCAUUAUUACAACGCAGCCAGCAUGUGGAGUGGAAACAGUCAGUAGCUGUUAUGAGCCUCAGUUAACACAGAACAUUAGUCAUCCAACACUGCAAAGAAAAUUCUCUCCGGUAAUGGCAGACACUGCCUCUAUAGCAUCUCGAUCUGAAAGUCCUGUUUCUUCCGUCAAUUCCCAUGACACACAUGCUUUAUCUCAGUCCCCUGUUUCGUGCCUUUCUACUGCAACUUCAUCUCCAUCCACACAAUCAGAUCUAACGUUAGAGUCCGGUUACUCUUCUGGCCAGUCAUGUCGAGGUAUGCCUCCACCACCACCUCCGACAGUACAGAAGACUACUCAUCACUCACCCAUACCCGAACGAAAGAAAUUAAGUACAGAAAUGGAGCUCCAGAGAUGUGAAUCCAAGGUCCAGAAUUUGUCUCCUCAGGCCUUUAAAUUUUACAUGGAACAGCACAUUGAAAAUAUUAUUAAGUCAUGUGAAGAAAGAGAGAACCGAAGAAUGCAGCUAGAGAAAGAGAUGAAGAAGAUCGGUUUAUCAGACAAGGAUCAGUCACAAAUGCGGAAAAUGCUCUCACAAAAAGAAUCUAAUUUUAUUAGACUGAAAAGAGCAAAAAUGGACAAACAGCUUUUCCGCAAAGUAAAAACAAUAGGUGUAGGAGCAUUUGGGGAGGUUGCCUUGGUAUGUAAAAUUGACACCCACCGACUAUAUGCCAUGAAGACCCUGCGUAAAGCUGAUGUCCUCAAGCGUAACCAGGUAGCUCACGUAAAGGCAGAGAGGGAUAUUUUGGCGGAAGCAGAUAAUGAAUGGGUUGUCAAGCUGUAUUAUUCAUUUCAGGAUAAAGAUAAUCUUUACUUUGUCAUGGACUACAUCCCAGGUGGUGAUCUCAUGUCUCUUCUAAUAAAAUUUGGCAUUUUUAAAGAAGAAUUAGCAAGAUUCUACAUUGGGGAACUGGUGUGUGCAAUAGAGAGUGUACACAAGAUGGGUUUUAUUCAUCGUGACAUCAAGCCAGACAACAUCCUCAUAGACAGAGACGGACACAUAAAACUCACAGACUUUGGUCUCUGCACUGGCUUCAGGUGGACCCACAAUUCCAAAUAUUACCAGAGAGUUGGUGACCAUAAUAGGCAAGACUCUAUCGAUCCUUGUGGAGAUAAUGACCUUGUCUGCCACUGCAACGACCUCAAACCCUUAGAGAGAAGACGUAGAAGACAGCAUUUACGAUGCCUGGCACAUUCUCUGGUCGGCACUCCAAACUACAUCGCACCAGAGGUGUUGUCACGUACAGGUUACACCCAGCUCUGUGAUUGGUGGAGUGUGGGAGUGAUCCUUUAUGAGAUGUUGGUUGGUCAGCCACCAUUCCUUGCUAACACACCACCAGAAACACAAUAUAAGGUUAUCAACUGGGAGACAACUCUUCGGAUACCCAAACAAGCCAAAUUAUCGCCAGAAGCAAAGGAUUUGAUCCUUAAUUUGUGCACACACCCAGAACAACGCCUAGGACGCAAUGGUGCUCAGGAGGUCAAGAGUCACCCUUUCCUGGAAUCACUAGACUUUGAGGGAGGAUUGCGGAAACAACAAGCACUCUAUUUGCCCAAGAUCAAACACCCAACAGAUACCUCAAACUUUGAUCCCAUUGAUCCGGACAAGCUGCGACCAAGUGAACCUAAUGAGAGUGACCUAGAGUGGGUUAACAACAGCAACCAGCCACUCCAUGCUUUCUUUGAGUUCACAUUUAGAAGAUUCUUUGACAGCACGCCGGGAGGCAGUGGGAAUGAUGAAAAAGAUAGUCAACACCCAGUCUAUGUAUAAUUGGGUCUUUACAGGCAGCUCUAGAUGUGAUAGGAUCUGACAUUUUGUCUUUUAUUCUUUAUGAAAGUAAUUUUUCUGGUCAUGGAAAAGGAGAAUCUUUUAGAAACUUUAUAUGAGGAUCAAAAUAUCUGAUCAUAUCACAGUAACUGUGAUGGUGGGAGGUAGUGGUAGCACGCAUUGUCACGGCAGGCCAAGUUCAGCAGCAUAUUAAUAUUAGCUUGCUUGACAUAGGAGCAACUGUGUUUUACCUCAAUCUACCACUAGCUCUUUGAAUUUUAGGAAAAUUUUUGGCAGAAAGGAGUAGCAAUCUCGUGUUGUUAAACCCAGUGCUGGGAAAAGCAAGCUGUGAUUUUGUAUAUUUUCGAGUGUUAGAUAUGGUGAUAUAUUUGAAAAGCAGGGUAUGUAUGAUAUGGGAUUUGAUGAACCAAAGACACACCAAGAAACAGAUUGAAUUUCAGCUAAUAGGGACACAUUCCCAGUAUCUUCCCCAGAAUGCUUUUAAAUAAUAGUGAAUAAUUUGGUGCCUUCUGUAGUGUUUUAUUGCUUAAUAUAUUGGUGAAUCAUAUGAUGCUUAUAUCAGGGUUUAGAGUCAGCCAUAUUCUUCUUCUUAUUGUACAACGAUAGGAAGUAAAGAGUUUGGAUGUGUCUAAUAUUUUCUCUGUCAAGGUAUUGCUCUCACUUGUCUUAUUACUACAAGACCAAAGUCACAAAGUCCCAAUUAGCAAUGGUUUAAUUUGUUUUAUACUGUAAUGCACUUUACAGUGAAAUAUGAAAUACUCGUAUGUUUGUCAUAGACAAUUGUACAUAUAUUUUUAUAUUGUAUGCUAAGGUCUUGAGUGGAUGAACGAUGUUUUUCAUCUUAACAGAAUGAGUGUUAGGGCCCUUGGAACACAUUUAAUUAAGGAAUCACCUUUUCCACCUAGCAAACAAUCAUUGUCUUCCCAUCUGGGAUAGGGUCUUUCCUCAAGUGUCUUCGAUAUAUGGUAAUUUUGCUACCAUAAUAUUUGUAAAUUAUGUAUAGCCUUAUCUUAUAUGUUGUAAAUGGCUGUAUUGUUUUAUGUAAAUAAUAUUGCAGAUAAA